AUGGCGCUGCACACACUUGUGGGCAUAAACCUCACCCGUUUGUCACCGGAGAGUUUGUUAUCUCCGGCGAUUUCCAAAACUCGAUGUUCCCUCGCCAUCUCCGAUAUCUCCACCGCCCGUGAGACCGAACCCUCUACUUCUUCGGUUUACUAUUUGUUGGCGCACAAGCACCGUUUGUCUCAUGAUGUGGCUUCACGCGCCGCCUCCGUUUUGAAUCCUUUGGUCCCCCAGGAAAAAUACGGUUCAGUACUCGCCUUCUUCGUGCAGAUGGGCUUCACGAAAUCCCAGCUGGAGAAAAUCCUGAAUGUCCGGCCCGUACUCCUCGCAGCCGAUCUUGAGGAAACAAUCAAGCCCAAGAUCAAGAUAUUCGAGGACCUAGGCUUCUCCUCGGAAGAAAUUGCCGACAUAGUGUCGAAGGAGCCAAUGAUUCUGCACGCCAGCCUGUACAAUAAAAUCAUCCCCACAUUGGCCUGGUUAAAGGGCAUGUUGGGUUCGAACAAGAAAGUGGCCAGGGUUCUGAGAGAUAAUGGUCGGUUGCUAUUGACCAAUCUUGAAAAACACAUUUUGCCCAACAUCCGGCUCCUGAUGAACCAUGGGAUGACAGAAGACGAUGUCGCCAAGCUCAUGUAUUAUUACCCGCGGAUCUUACUGUACAAGCGAGAAACUCUUAUCAGAUGCUUGGACACCAAAGACAAAAUGGGCAUUUCCUGGAGUUCAAAGAUGUCCGUUUAUGCCGUCGGGGUCAUUUGCUCGAUGCAAAACACGAGUUUGGAACGCAAGCUGCAGGAUUUUCAGGAAAUUCUCGAAUUCUCGAACGAUGAAGUUAUCAGGACUUUGGAACGGGACCCCAAGCUUUUCUGUGUUUCGGAAGAUAAGAUGAGAAAGGUGAAACAGAUUUUGCUCGGGACUGGGAAAUAUGAUACAUCAUCGAUUGCUGAAUAUCCAAAGUCGCUCAUGUUCAGCAUCGAGAGGCGGCUUAAGCCGAGGUUUGAGGUUUUGGGGAUGCUGGAGAGUAGGGGCCUGAUUAAAGAGUGGCCUUGUCUCAGAUAUGUUUGCGUAGUGGCAGACGAGAAAUUCUUUAAUGAAUAUGUGGAACCAUAUAUGAGUGAAAUUGGUGAGGAUUAUUUUGGGAAGAGAGCACUCGAUUACAAAAGUGAGACCGAAGUCGUGUAA